AACGUUGGCGUUGGCGACGAAAUACACGCAGAGCAGCAACAAUGCCGGCAACGACACACCGCUGCCAGACAGAUACUGGAGCGAUGCGAUGACGUGACGCGCUUCGCAGCAGCAGCAGCAGUAGUAAAGAUAGUGCGAGGGUGGUUGAUAGCCCAACCACCGGCUGCUGACAGCCACGCACGGCACGAGUCGCAUUGUUUGACUCUCGCUGCUAUUAGCUAGUUGUGACGUCGCCUACAACAUAGCGCUGAGUCGCAAAAGACAGACAUUGGAGCAAGCGGCGUGGUUUAGUUGAGCGAAAUAUACCACAAAAUGUUGGCUGAGCGGUGGCAACAUCAUUUCGCUACGAACAGCGCUAGUGCACGGAAGUGAACGCGAAUAAAUACGGAUGCAUGAAUUCGGUUACGAUUAUAACGGACUGACUGACAUUGCGGAUACGCGUUAAGUGAGAAUUUGGUGAAAUUAACUAUUAUUGAAUAAUUGUUGAAAUGUAAAUAGCUUGUUGUGUGGGGUGUAAGCUUCACUAUGUAAGCAAACAAAAAAUUACCAUGUACUACAAGCCCAGCCAAGAAUGUACAUGACCUUCUGGAAUCUUUGCAAUGCUUUGAAUGAAUUUUGACAAUUGAGAAAAGAAUUGAGGAAGUGUUAAGUGAGCGAGUGAAUAAUAAUAACAGAAUAUUGGAGAGCAAUUUGAAAGACAAUGAAAACUAAUAGAAAGCAAACAACAACAAAAAAUUUGUAAAAUAUCAUACAAGAAUAUAUAUGUAAGUACAAUCGGAUUCGGUUUGUAUGCAUAAGACAUGUUCAAUUGUAAUUGGAAUGCAAACAAAUUAACAAGCGACACCCACAAGUACAGCAAGUGCAAAUAAUAAUAAAAACAACAACACUAAAUAACUACAUGAGAGCAAUAAUGUGCGGCAUUUAAAAACCAAUAAGUCAGUUAAGAAAACAUAAUAAAUAAAUACAAAUAAACAAAACAAUCAACAAGCAAACAUUAUUAACAAUAACAAUUACACCAACUACACAUUCUUCUUAUGUGACAUGUGCAGAUAUCUGGAAGUAGCGGUGUAAAGCACUAUUCUAUGCUCUGAACGCACAGUGCGGCAUAGUUGACAAAAGUGACUGUGACAACAAGUGAUAAGCAAAGAACGGAAAGAGCAAAACAACACAGCGGAAAACAUACCUUCAGCUACCCUGCAGCGCUGCGGGAAACUCAGUUCAUUCAAACAUACAAUCACAAACGUCCAACAUGCCAGUUUCCGUGAAUUACCGUUGCAGAUUAUGCACCGACAGUCUAAUUGCGGUUAUUCUUGCUCUGCGGCUGCUGCUCUUCCUGACUCGUGUCGGUCAUAGCACCUGUCAUGACCCUGUCGUCUACUUUCCCAUGUCUGCAGUAAAACUAAAUCUGCCAUUUAACGAAAAGUCACAGAGUAUAUUUUCCAAAAUACCGAUUGGACGCUUUCAAAUAUUACCCGUUGGUAAGGACAAUGAGUACCGAACUGAAGAAUAUCUCUACACUUUGGAUAACAACGAACUGUUGCAUGUGAACGGCAGCACCGGAGAGGUCUUCAUGAAGAACGAUUAUCAAACCACACAGAAGAAGACGAAAAUGAUCUUAACCGCCAUACCGCGGAAUGAGCACAAUGCGGCGCUAGAUAAAAUACCGCAAAUGACACUAGAAGUGACGCCACAGCCGGAAGCUGAGUAUUGCGCGAAUUUGGAGAAUGUAUGCUUUUGGGAUGCAGCGCAGUACACAAUAGUGGAAGACGCCACUGCUGAGGAGUCGAAGCACAUGAGCGCCUUCGAACCUUUACGUGUGGGUACAUUAAAUCCACGUGCCACACGCUAUCUCUGCCCCACGAUGGAUGUGAAAUACACGCUAACGAGUGGUGAUAAAUAUUUCACAUUAAAAAAUAAUGAAAUCUAUACUAAAGUACCGUUGGAUUAUGAGUACUUCAAUACAACUGAAAUGAAAAAUUUCGCAGUGAGCGUCGCUUGCACGAUUAAAAUGAGCGACGAUAAAACGUUGGUGUUCAAUAGGACGCUGCAUGUGGCGCUUUUGGAUCGCAAUGACAACGGACCGGAGUUACAAAAUGAGGGCGUCUACAAUUUCUUGUUGGAUAAUCCACAUUUCAAACAGGGCGAUACAAUUGGCAAUAAGAUUAUCUUCACGGAUAGAGAUUCGCUCAGAGCGAACGCGUAUUUAACUUAUCAUAUUUUCAAUGACACCAGCGAAUUGGUGCGUCCCGAUUGCACCGCCUACGAAGCUGAUCAUACCGGCAAAAUAAAGUCCAUCUUCAGUUGUCAGAUUCUAUUUGCGCGCAACGGCAUUUUGAGCCAGACAUCAUAUUGCUUCAGUUUGGUUGCAAGCGAUCACACCGUCAAUGCUAAUACUAUAAAAACAGCAAAAGCGAACAUAUGCCUAAGCUCCGACCCAAGUAAGAUACACGAGGCUGAUCGACCGCGUGUUUUGGAGUUGCGCCAACAACGUGGCAUGAGCCGACGUCUAACCAACGUAGCUGAUUCGAUAUUGGAAAACGAUAAUAAAGGCUUCUUAGCACCAAGCAUUUUGAGCACCUAUCCAAAGGAUGUUUUUCUACAUCGUACAGCUAUGUCUUAUAGUCGUGUGGCACAGCCAGAGAACUAUCAGAGUUUAAUGGAAAUGUCAGAGGUGCGCUUCACGAUCGCCGAGGAUCGUAGUGGCGCUUUCGGCAUAACGACGUCGGCGGGCAUCAUUUAUGUGAAAGAUACAGCGGCUUUGGAGAAAUCACUGGAAACGGUUUACUUCCUCAACAUCACUUGGCACGACAGCUAUCAACGUUCGUUCGUCGUCAAUGUGCAUCUCGUCGACGGCCAGGCCAACAAUGCCACCUGCGAGCAUAAGAUCAAAUCGCGCAGUCAAACUUGCGCACAAAUUAAAUACCAAAAACAAUGUACGAAAUUUUGCGGACUCGGCACAAGUGGCGGCGCGUGUGUGUGGCGCGGUUCCAACGCGGGUUUCUUCGGACGCAAUUAUGCUUCCUGCGUGCCCGAUGCUACGUACUGUACGGAUAAUGUUUGCGAUCCAUUGGAAGAACUGAAUGCAUUCAUUUGUCCACAAGACUGCGUGGGAGCUGGCAAAAUUAUGGGUCCACACACAUCCAAUCCAAAUAAACGCGGCAUCUACUCGGCUUCCGGCACCUGCACCUGCGAGGACAAUGGCAAGUGUAUGUGUGCGCCACUCGACGACGAAGAGCCGCGUCCGAAGCGCAAACGGAAGAAUGACACAAAGUCGUUGGAUGUCAAUAAAUUGACGAAGUUCGGUGGUACGGAUAUCACACAGUCAGCACAAAAUAAUCUGAAUAAUGGUGUCAUUGAACAUGAUGCUAUGAGCAUACAUGUGGCCGGCUUUACUUGCGGCCGAUCAUGCAUACUACUGGCCAUCACAUGUCCAAUUCUACUGAUCGUAUUGUUGAUCUGUUUAAUUGCAACACAACGCAAUCUUAUAAGACGUACUCGUGGUAAAGAGGCGCUGUCGCAAAAAUCAUCAGCGAACGGUGAUUGUGAUGUACGUAACGGCGACGUGCCAUUAAUGCAGUUGGAGAGCGGUUUGGCUAAAUUCGAUACGGUCGACUCAAAAUGGGAGUUCGAUCGUGCAAAGCUUCAGCUCGAUGUGGUGCUCGGUGAGGGUGAGUUCGGCAAAGUGAUGAAAGCUUAUGCAUCCAAUAUUGCCGAUAUACCCGGUGUAACGACGGUGGCCGUUAAGAUGUUGAAGAGUGGCGCCAAUUCGGUCGAGUAUAUGGCUUUGCUAUCGGAAUUUCAAUUGCUACAGGAGGUCUCACAUCCGAAUGUGAUUAAGUUGCUCGGCGCAUGCACAAAAGGCGAUGCACCAAUGAUUAUUAUUGAGUAUGCGAAAUAUGGUUCAUUGCGCAGUUAUUUACGUUUGAGUCGGAAGAUCGAAUGUUCGGGUGUUGAUUUCACGGACGGUGUGGAGCCGAUAACUGUGAAGAAUAUUUUAUCAUUUGCAUGGCAGAUAUGCAAGGGUAUGGCGUACUUGACGGAGAUAAAGCUAGUACAUCGUGAUUUAGCGGCGCGCAAUGUCUUACUGGCCGACGGCAAAAUCUGCAAGGUAUCAGAUUUCGGCUUGACACGUGAUGUCUAUGAGGACGAUGCGUAUUUGAAGCGUUCACGUGACCGGGUGCCCGUGAAGUGGAUGGCGCCCGAAUCAUUGGCCGACCAUGUCUACACCACCAAAUCCGAUGUGUGGGCUUUUGGUGUGCUUUGCUGGGAGUUAAUUACGCUAGGCGCAUCACCAUAUCCCGGCAUACCGCCACAGAAUCUCUAUCAUUUAUUGAAAACCGGCUAUCGCAUGGAGAAACCCGAAAAUUGUUCGGAAGAAAUCUACUCCAUUGUGCGUACAUGUUGGAUCGACGAUCCGAACGCACGUCCAUCCUUCAAGUAUCUCGCUUCGCAAUUCGAAAAGUUACUCGGCAAUAAUGCCAAAUUUAUCGAAAUGGAGUCGAGCGCCAUUUCAAAUCCCAUGUAUUGCAUAGAUGAGGCCAAACUAAUUGGCGCAUCGCAACCGGACUUAACUGCAUGCCUCGAACAACAGCUGGGUGAGCCCGACCCGUUGGAUCAUCUCUGGCAAUCACCGAAAAUUUGCUAUGAUACACAAGAAUGUCCGAGCAGUCGGGAAUUCUCUACAAAUUUCAGCAUGGAAUUUCAACAGACACCACCACCGCCCGGCUAUGAUGUGCCACGUCCACUUAUCGAGACGGCUACCACGGAGCAAACGUUACGUUAUGAAAAUGAUUUGCGUUUUCCAUUAAAUAUACGUAAGUCCGUAUGUAACGGCAGUAUUACGUCGAAUAGUCAAAAUGGCAGCAAAGCUGGUGGUGGUUAUGGUGUUGGUGCCGAAGCAGAUGGCAGCGACGGCGUGGCGGCACAUUAUUCGAUGCCAGUGAAACGUGGACGCUCCUAUGUGGAUAUGACCAACAAGACAUUCAUACCCGAUAACUUGGAUGGUGAUGAAUUUGAGAAACAUCUUUCGAAAACAAUCUCAUUUCGAUUUUCUAGUCAACUGAAUUUGAAGGAGCAAGAUUUAGGCGCUGUUUAGGGUUGUAUGAGAUAACCAUAUAUAAGGCUGGCUGGUUGCAUAGGCAAUUUUUAUUUAUAAAGUUGUUUACUUAUAGUAUUUUAUAAUGUAUUUGUAUAUGUGUAUGUAAAGUAAAUUGUUGAUUAGUUUUAGUUCAUGAAUUUAUAAAAUUAGUUAAAUUAUUUGUGUUUAAGGAAUUUUGAGGUUAGUGGAGAGGCUAAUUUUUAUAUGAAAUCUCGAUGUAUAAAUGUUUGUAAGUGUGUGUGUGUGUAUCUAUAACGCAUUUGAAUUAAGUUUGGCUGGAUUAAUUGCCAAAAAUCUACUCUGGUAGUAAAAUUUAAAGAUUUUUUAUUUUAAGUUUUGGCAUUUACGUUUUAAAAGAAUUAAUCGUGAUUAAUUACAAUAAAAAAAUAAUCGUAAUUAUUAUUUUUUCAAUUUUUUAAAGUAAAGCUUCAUUUUAAAUUAAUAAAAUU